AUGGGGAAUACGCAUACGAAGGAGGCUGGGGGUGGUCGCCGUACGUCACACCUGGACCCCAACGGGAGUUCCUCGGGCGCCGGCUAUCACGGAGACCCAUCCGAUCGGUUGAGACGUGCUAGCCGGCCCGACCUGGGUGGCCUGGGGCUGCCGUUCGGCACGUCGUCUAGCUCACGGCACCAGGACGUCCCCUUUGAGCACCGGGAAACAAGGCAGGAGAAGGAAGCCCGGAGGCUCGAGAGGGAACGAGUAGCACGGGCCAAGGAGCGUGAGCGCAGCAUGAGAGAGGAACACGCGGAUGGCGGCUAUCUUGUGACGAUGGGCGUAUACACUGCAUCCGAGGACUUUAGCAAGCCGGUGGUUCGCCAAUUGCAGCUCGAGCGGAAACUGGCACCGUUUUGGCGCGGCCUGGAUGAUUUCGACCAAAACUGGGCCGAGCAUCAGAUCGUCGCAGCCGCCCGUGGCCUCGACAUCCCCCCGGCCGACGAGGUUCCCGAGAAUCUAAUGCCUCAACCGAGACCGGCCGAAUCGCCAGGUGCUUCGAUGCCGAACCUCACCGUCCCGAUAGGCCCCAGAACACUUUCCUCUGACAGGACUGGUUCGAUCCCUGGCUCGGUCUUACCCUCUCCUAUCUCGCCCGUCUCGCCGAGGGCCAGUUCGCCUUUCAAACCGCACAAAUCCCUCGCAGCGGCUCUGAAUCUGUCCCGGAACGGGUCUCACACGGAUAUCACGCCGCGCGAGAUUAGUCUUCCGUAUGACCCCUAUGUCAACGGUCAGCCACUCGAGGUUUUCCUUUACAAGGAGGGACUAGAAUGCCCUCUCUGCCUUAUGUACUACCCGCCGUACCUAAACCGUACCCGCUGUUGCUGCCAGAUCAUCUGUAGCGAAUGUUUUGUGCAGAUCAAACGCCCGGAUCCCCAUCUUCCCGAACAUCAUGGUGACGACGAGGGGUCUCACGCCCAAGCCGGCACAGAAGAGCAUGAGGGUGAACUCAUCACAGAAGCAGCCAAAUGCCCCUAUUGCACGCAGACCGAGUUCGGCGUCACGUACGACCCUCCCCCUUUCCGUCGUGGUCUGACGUAUGCAUUUAACUCUGUUCCCCUGGGAGCUAUGAGCACCGCCAUGUCAUCAUCAAGCUCUCUCAGCUCGAACCUCUCUCCGGCCUCGCCCGCGGCCCAGAACGCUACCCGUCGACGGACACAGAGCGUGUCUGCAAACGCGCCAGGAGUCAUCACCACCGACCGCAUCCGCCCGGACUGGUUUACCAAACUGACCGCUGCACGUGCGCAACAGCGGCGGAGAGCAGCAGCUGCCGAUGCUCUGCACCAUGCGGCAUUUGUGAUAGGCAACCAAGAAUCCCGCACAUUUUUCGGCCGGUCAUCCCGGUUCGGCCGUAGGAAUGUGGGUGGGAGCCGCGCCGCUGAGAGCCCCAGUAGCACGUCUAACCUCCAACCGAACGAUGGAGCUGAUGACCCUCCAGUUCCCGAUGCGGGCCUUACCACGUCAGGCCGAGCCGGCCCAGGCCGCGAACGGUUAGACGCCGCGCAGCUCGAGAACUUGAUGAUGGCGGAAGCGAUACGAUUGAGUCUGGCUGACGAGGAGGAGCGACGUAAGAAGGCAGAAAAGGAAGCUCGUAAAGAUGCCAAAAAACGAGAGAAGGAAGACCGUAAGGCUGCCAAGAGGAAAGGUGAGGUUUAUGGCGGCAGCAGCGGCAGCGCCAGCGCCAGUUCUCUCACCCUAGGGCUGGGGCGCAGACGAGAUAACAGUGCCGCCAGCAACUUGCGCCUGGAACCGAGUAUCGCUGAGGCCAGCCGUACCUCAGCUACCCAAGAGGGGAGUGCAUCCCAAUCCGCUGCCGUACUUGCGCCCGUUUCCCCGGCGGUAGCAUCAAAUGACAAGGGGAAGGCGAUCGAUCGCAGGAAGGCCGAGGACGUCUUGACGUGCGGACCUAGCGUCUCGCCCCUACCGAUACCUGCAGCAUCGCAGCCCUCGCGGGGAUCGUCUCAUCUCCGCCAGAUGAGCAAUGCUAGCUCAGUUAGCUCCAGCGGACUCGACACCGCGCAUGGUAGUUACAGCGGGAGAGGAUCGGGUGCUCCAGUCGAGGAUCAACGGUCGAGUGGUCCUAGUUUCGGCAGUCGCAACGACGAGGGCGGCGAUAAUUCGAACUCGGAGCCAAUGCUCAACUUUAGGAGUCUGGCGGAGAUGGUCGGUGUUCCGAUAGAUGGCGAAGCCCAGCCACACAACGGUGACGAUCUAAGCCCCACCAUCAAAGGCGCGGACGUCGAUGAGGCCCAGGGGGGACAUAUACAACAAGCCCAAAGCCUAGCUGCCUUGGGCAACGCACGCGAAGAGAACGAGACUCCGCCAAAAAUCGAGACCCGCGGAUACGUCCAGGGCUCGGAAGAGAGGAGAGAAGACGGCACUUCGCUUCCCCAUCUCAUAGUAACGCCCGACACCCCCGGGACGGCGGGGGGUGACGAGUAUUUCAAGCAACUCGGGCAUGUCAAUGCCACAGAGCGCCCGCACGAGGUCACCCAAUAA